ACGUGAUCACCAGCUUGGGGUCACCAGACAACUGAACACCAGCAGCAGCACAGAUAGGAACUGACUUCAUCAAAGUUUUACAACUGGGACAUCUGUCUAUAGGUUCUUUCAGUUCAACAGAUGAAUCAACAGUUUGCUAAGAGUAAAUUAGACUUACACCUACAAAGAUGGUAGUGUCAGCCUUGUUUAGCUACCUGAAUCUCCAGACGUGUGUUAUCCUGGGGGUGGUGUUCCUGUUGGCCUACUGGUACCUGAGGACCCGGGCACCCCCCAACCUCCCACCAGGGCCCUGGGCAUGGCCUGGGCUGGGGAAUGUGCUGCAGAUGUUCACUAAGGUUCCGCACCUGAUGUGGACACAGCUAGCGGAGACGUACGGCCCUGUGCUGUACCUGCAACUGGGCAGCCAGCGAAUCGUCGUGCUGUCCAGCUACUCUGCUAUCCACGAGGCUCUGGUGAAGAAAGGAGAGGACUUUUCCUGUAGACCGCACUGGUACACCUUUCAAAAGAUGGGCUUUAUGGACUACGGAAUAAUCAUGCUUCCCUACGGCCCAUUCUGGAAGCAGCAGCGGAAGUAUACCAUCAUGGGUCUCCGUGACUUUGGAUUUGGUAAACGCAGCCUCGAGGGAAAAAUCCUGGAGGAAUCCCAAGGGCUACAGGAGGAAAUCCUCAAGAAGGGAGAGAACCCUUUCAACAUCAGGCUCAUGCUACAGAACGCAGUUGGUAAUGUCAUCUGCUCUAUCGUGCUGGGCAAACGCUUUGAGUACAACGACGAAAAGUUCGAGAAAAUCACAAAGGCUUUCGAUCAGAAUCUUGGCGCCGAGCAGCAGUUGUCAGCCGUGGCGAACUUCUUCCCUUGGGCGCGGCACAUUCCCGCCAUCAAGAGCGCGGUCACCAAGGUGACGGAGAACGUCGAGAACUGCGUGGCGACAAUGCGGGAAGACAUCGCAGCGCACAAGGAGACCUUUGACCCCAACGACAUACGCGACUUCAUUGACACCUAUCUGUUGGAGAUAAGGAACAAGGAAGGGCAGGACGGAAACGAUUUCUCUGACCGUCAACUGGAGUAUCUGAUCGGAGACUUGUUUCUCGCGGGAACUGAGACCACUUCAAGCACACUGACAUGGGCACUACUUUACAUGUUGCGACACCCAGAUAUACAAGAUAAGGUGCACCAAGAGAUCGACAACACCAUUGGACAGAACGUCACCCCCUCCCUCACUCACCGCAGCCAGCUACCCUACACUGAGGCCGUCAUCGCAGAGGUCAUGCGCAUCAACCCCAUCGCUGCAGUCGGAGCCAUGCACAGCACGUCCAACGACACCACGCUGUUUGGUUACGACAUCCCGAAAGACACCGUCGUGUUCCCCAACAUCUGGGCAGUUCUACACAAUCCCGCGGUCUAUCCUGAACCUGACGUCUUCAAACCGGAGAGGUUUCUGGACGACAGCGGCCAAUUCAAAAAGGGCGACAACUUCAUUCCAUUCUCUCUGGGCCGUCGUGCAUGUCUGGGAGAACAGCUGGCCAGGAUGGAGCUGUUCCUGUUCUUCACCUCACUCAUGCAGCGCUUCGCUUUCAAACUGCCAGAGGGCGCCGAUCUACCAUCCACCAUAGGCAAACCUGGGAUCACAAACGUUGCUGAAGACUUUGAUCUUCAUGCCAUUCCAAGGGAAUGACAAGUUUAAAUCAUUCAGCUGAUAUGUGUCAGAUUCAUAAAGUAAAGCUUUACAUAAUGUGUGGACCAAUCACAGGCCUCAAAAUACCAUAAUCCAUUCCUAUUGGUUAGACCAUGUUGAUUUGAUUAUAGAUGGGGUGCUGGGUGGUGGCUGGAGGAUAUAUUUUCAACUAUAUUGUGACAAAGAGAAAACUUUUAAAUUUUCUUUACAAUACUAAUACUCAGCUAUCAUUCACUUGUUGUAAAGAGUAUACUAUAGUAUAAAAUAAUGCAUUUUAGUUUACAGUGAUUAAAUCUUGUGUUAGGGAGAAAAUGGAGUGUUUACAGUUGUUUUCAGUUUGCAAAUAGCUAUUGCUUUCAGUCUUGUACAUGUACAUGUAGCGCUAUUUUAUGAUAUAAGUCACAUACUGAAGAACAGAAUGGAAUUUCUCACUGGUUUUAAGUAAAAACCACAAACAUACAAUCAUGUACACUGUAAAACAACUAUUAGAAAUUUCUGAUGAUCAGGUUAAAGGAAAAGAGCAGGCAUUGUGUCACUAUAUACAUGAAUAUAUUAGCUCCUUAUUAGAUCGAUGCCAAGAUAUUGCUUACAGUUUGUACAUAAUUCAUAUCUAUUACAGUAUUUUGCUAACUUACUUCUAGCACAACAGACAAUUGGUAUUGUAGUUUAUAUGCCAAUAAUUUUGCUGUCUGUACAUGACUUGAUUGUUGCUCUACCGUCUCUGUGCUGUACUAAGAAUAUUCCUCUCAAAAUGUUAAAAUGAGCUUACUAGUGUACUAGAAGACAGUAUAUUUAAUAUUCUGUAUGAGUAUGUUCUAUGUAUAGCUUGUAUUUACUAUGAUUGAACCAUGUAAUGGUAUACCUUACUGUCCUAAUAUAUGUUUUGAAGGAAAGGCAGUAUGGGUUUGAUGAUAUCAAGAGGGUGGAUAAAUUUUGUUUAUUUGUUAAUGUGUUUAUAUGUUUGUGCCUGUUAAGGGAUUGAUAAGAGGGGAUUGAAUUUUGUAAUUGUCAUUGUUAUAAGAUAACAAGAAAGGGUUUGAAAACUGGGUAGUACACAUUAGGGGUGAACCUAGCAGUAUACUAGUAGUACUGUGUGCAGUCUGCAAGAAUUCUAUUAGGAAAUGUACAGAAAUACAGGAAUGUGUUGACAGAAAUGCUAGUUCACAGGAAUAUGUCUGAAAUGCUAGAC